AUGGAACAAGGGAGGCAAGGGAAGGCGGCAAAAAGGGAGCCGGAACGGCGGGAAAAGGAGGGCGCGGAGGGCGGGGCACGGGGGCCCAGGCCCGAACCCGGCGGCGGGGCGGCGGACGGCGCGAGCGGCGACCGCGGCGAGAGCGGGGCGCCGCGGGCCGGCCGGGGGACGGACGGGAACGGGCGCGGCGGGGGGCCGGCCCCGGGCGGCCGAACAGCCAACGCAGAACGGGGACGGACAAGGGAAGCCGACGGUGGAAGGAAAACAAAGCAGGGCGAGGGGCCCGGCGGAGGCAACGCAAGGGGAGGGCGCCCAGGGCGCGGAAGGGCAAAGGGAAGAAAG